AUGUUAGUUACCUUUAAAUAUAAUAGUGAGAAAUACAAAAGACGUUCAGCUUCAACAUCUACAAGUUCAACUCCUAUAGCUACAGGAAGAACUACAAGACGUUCCUCAAUGAAUACUAAUAAUAAUAGUAAUAACUCCCAUAGUACUAGUCUAACAAGUAAUAUUAAUGACGGAGGAUUAACUGAUCAUAAUCUUAGGUCUAAUUCAACAAAUUCAACUCCUUCAAAAAUGGUUACAUUACAAUACAAUAAUACUUUAUUAACUCCAACUUCAAGAAGAACAACAAGAAGACAAUCACAAAUUUUAAAUUCUGCAAAUUCAAAUAAUAUUGGAUCACCACAAAUAUCAUUAAAUUCAAGUCCAAUUAAAAAAGGAAAUACAAAUAAAUCAUUAACACCUACUCCAUCAUCACCAAUAUCAAUACCAUUAACAAGAACAACACCUACUACUACAACUACUACAACAACAUCAAUGAUUUUAAAUUCGAGAAUAAAGAAUAAAUUAGAAAAUAUUAAAAAUUAUCAAGAUAAAUUCAAUUUAAUUUCAAAUAAUUCACAAUUAAAAGAUUCAAAUAUAAUUCAAUUUAAUCAUGACUUAGAAAAAUCAUGGUUUAAUGAUAUUCACAUAAUUACAGAUCAAUUAAAUUUCAUUAAAGAAACUUACAAAGCAAUACAAUAUUUGAAAAAGAAGAAACAAUCUCUUCAACAACAAGAUGGUGAAGAAAGUAAUAGAAGUACACCUGGAUUAUUGAGUAGUCCUAAUAAAGAUACCCUGAUGAUUGAAGAUGAAGAUGAAGGUGAAAUAUUAGAUGAAGAAGAUGAUCAUGAUGAUGAUGAUGAUGAAGAGGAAGAAAAUAUAGAUGAAAAUCAAUCUUUAAUUGAAAGUAGGAGAAAUAAUAAGAAAAAAUCAAACAAUACUUCUACCACUACUAGUAAUGAAACAGCAAAUAGUAGUGGUAAUGAAAGUUCAAUUGUACAAAAUCAGACUUUUAUACCAUUAGGUAAGAGAACAAGAAGAAAAGUUCAAUUUCAAUAA